AAUCUUUGAAAUCUAUUUCCGAAAACCCAAUUCGAUUCUGAUAAAAUGGGCAUCUGGGGUUCGAUGAUUUCGUACAGAAUUGCUUGAUCUUUGAGAGAAUGGAACUGAUCACGUCUUUGAUUGGGAGAUAUGAUAGAAGAUCGCUAUUUCUUAAAAGAAAAGACAGUAAUGCGGGCGAAGCAGCACGAGCGUUGGAAGAACUCCGAGGAUCGCUAUACAAUGAACUUCGGACCUCAGAAGGAGCCAAGCGUCAACAACAACGAUUAUGUGGCCCCAUCGUCGCGUUAACGUUCAAUUUCUUGAUAUCGGUGGGAAUAAUCAUGGGAAACAAAUUGGUGAUGGGGAGCGUUGGAUUCAAUUACCCGAUCCUUUUAACGUUAAUCCAUUACACGUCCGCUUGGAUGCUACUCGCCGUUCUCAAGGCUUUGUCGCUCUUGCCGCCAUCCCCUCCCACCAAGUCCACGCCUUUCGUUAUGCUUUUUGCUUUGGGUGCCGUCAUGGCGUUUGCUUCCGGCUUGGCCAAUACGAGUCUCAAGCAUAACAGUGUAGGAUUCUAUCAAAUGGCUAAAAUUGCAGUCACUCCCACCAUUGUUCUUGCGGAAUUCAUUCUUUUCAGAAACAUAAUUUCUUUUUACAAGGUACUUGCUCUAGCCGUUGUUUCGAUAGGAGUGGCGGUUGCCACCGUAACGGAUUUAGAAUUCAAUUUGUUCGGUGCGGGUAUAGCAACUGCGUGGAUAAUCCCGAGUGCCAUAAACAAAAUUUUAUGGUCGAAUCUCCAGCAGAAAAACAAUUGGACGGCUCUAGCGUUGAUGUGGAAGACGACCCCAAUAACAAUACUGUUCUUGGUAGGUUUGAUGCCAUGGUUGGAUCCACCGGGUGCAUUCUCUUUCAAAUGGGGUUUCACCAACACCAUUGCAGUCCUCAUCUCUGCUCUUUUGGGCUUCCUCCUCCAAUGGUCUGGAGCUUUAGCUCUUGGAGCGACCUCGGCUACGUCACAUGUGGUGUUAGGACAAUUCAAGACGUGUGUCAUCCUUCUCGGAGGGUACUUGCUCUUUGAUUCAGAUCCCGGCUAUGCAAGCAUCAGUGGGGCUUUUGUAGCAAUAUGUGGAAUGUCGAUUUACACAUCGCUUAACAUGAAGGGAACUCGGGAUACAAGUAAUCAGCUUCCAGAGCAAACAUCGUCAAAUCAAAAACCUAAAACUAUCAAAGAUCAAAACGAAAAGAUUGAUGUUGAUGGUAGACCAUAAAUGAGCUUUUUGACAACAGAGUAUAUGCAAUAUGUAGAGAAUUUUCACCUUUCGGUCAUUUUAUGUCAACUUGGUCCUUACUCGACACCAAACUCGUGGACAACCAAACCUAAUAGGAUGAAGCCCGGUCCUUGGAAGUUGGCGCAGCCCACUCAGGGCCACCAGGCAGAACUAGGACCAAGCCAGAUCCUUACAAGUGUGGUACACAGUAUAGGAUAGUAUAAAAACUUCUUGUUCCACAUUUAACAUGAUAUUAGACAGAGACAAGAUACAGAAC